CUUAACUUAAAACUCUUACUCCUUCCUAAAAAAACCUUUACUUGAUCGUGGUGGGCGGUGGUCACAGUUUUAUCCCCCACUUAGACAUAAUUGAGUUACCCAAUGAAUUCUCUCUGAUUUAUGUUAUUUUAUCACAAUCAAGGCUUCUUAACUACAAUGUUCUUCUCAAAUGUUAGAGACAUAUUCGCCACCACUAAGGAUUCUAAAUCGAUUUCUGAAGUUGCUUCUCAUAUGCAGGAGACAGAUUUACUGUUGUGGAAUCUUGAUUUCUGAAAUUUCUCAGUUGAUAACGAUGCUCUUAUGCAACGACAGUGUCCUCUCUCCUAACCCUUUGAGACGGAUCUUCUAGAUUCGAUGAAGAUGACAAGAUCAGGGUAGAUCGGAGGCUUGUCUGAUUCAAUGAAGAUGAUGGUAGAUCUGAGGUGUCCCUUGCGUGAUUGAAUGAAGACUAUAUAUAUCUCUCUCUUCUAAUGACGAGGUUACUUAAUUUGUUGUGUGUGAGGACCCAUCUGUAUCUUGGCGGGGCAAUCUCGAAUGACCUAGUUAUUGCAGCCAUUGUGGCCCGGACUUCUCCAUGCCUUGUGUUAACAUAACUCUGAGCCUCAUCAAAAGAGAUUUCUUUGAAGUAUGUAUCAAUCAAAGAUAUCAAAGCGUAAAGAAGUGAGAUAUGUGACUCUGAGAUUUCUUUUUGGCUGGUUGCCCUUCCUUUGCCGGCCAGUGACGGACUCAUUUCCUCAAUUUGUGGUUGAUGCCAUGGAAUUGGAGACUUCAAUUCCAAUUCUGCUGUUUGUCACAGCAGAUUCCUCUCAUUGUUGUAGCUCUGAGCCUCAUAAGAAAAGAGCCCCAAAGAUGGGUUUGCCAUUUCAGGACUGGGCUUGGGGUGCAUUGCGCGGCAUGAUCAUGGUCACUUGCUAAGAGUAUUCGGUGCAGAGGAAGUUUCGGAGUUCGAGGGGCAGAUGCUAUUGCACUGAUGGAAGCCCAAACUUGGAUAAUAGUCAAUGGUUGGAUGCGAGUCAUUCUGGAAAUAGACUAUAAAGAGGUUG